UGGGGAUGGCAGCAACGGAGCUCCAUACACACCUCCAAACGUGGCCGCGUCACAGAACCCGGCCACACCCGGCGGAGAUGCCCCCAACACACCGGUGAAAGGCGAUAUGGGGGCAUCUCCGCCGGGUGUGGCCGGGUUCCGUGACGCGGCCACGUUUGGAGGUGUGUAUGGAGCUCCGUUGCUGCCAUCCCCACUGCUGCCUAGACGGCUGGACUAUGCGGCCACGAUUCCUUUAGCACCUGUAUGGUCACAUGCGGUGGCCCCGCCAUGUCCUGCUGGAGGCGGUUCUCUUCCAGGAGAUCGCAGCGACGCUUUGCGUUCUCCACCCGUUUCAUGUCGACGAGUCGUCGACGCGGCGGCGGGUUCGUUUGCGGUGCCGCCUCAGGCUCCCUUUGUCGCUCCAGAUUCGACACCUCCGUUUGACGAUGCGGAUAGCUCAGCGGCAGUUGGCGGCACGCCGUGUUCGGGCGGCAGCAUCGUGCGAAUCUGUGUGCGGGACGCGUGUCGGAGACGGUUGUACGCUCUCCGCGACGCCAUGGCCGAUCUGGGUGACCAGCGCGGACCGGUCAGCGACGUUAUUGAUCGGCUGCUGCACUGGUCCUUGCCAGCCAUCCGAGCGGAGUUUGGAGACGAGGUAGGAGAUGUGAUUUCUUCUUCGUUGCCAUCUCGGGUCGUUAUAUGCCAGGCGAUUCCGAUGUUGACUACGGUCAGGGGGGCUCGCAGGGUUCAGCGAGCGGAGGCUUGGUUCAUGCACUUCACGAAGAAGCGGCUAAAGGAGGCGUUGGAGCAGUGUUUUGGACCUGACGUCCUCACACCUGCUGAGGAGCGGCUGAAGAAAUCGGACUUCGUCGCUGUCGUCAUGCGAAAGAUGUACCCCUACGGAUCGAGGUUGAAUCCUYGAGUGUUGGAGACUGAUCCAGACGGCUUGACAGAGUAUCAUGCGCAUGAGGUUAGGAUGUGGUUCCUCCGCGCUUGCCAGCUGUGCAGGGACRAGGGCGGAGACGCCGACAGUCUACACCGCGACAUCAUGUUGGUCGCCGAUCAUUGGGCURGUGAUCRUUCAGGAUGUGUGGACGGACGAUCAGCAGUGCCGCGUAAGCAGUGCCAGGUCACAGUGCCACGUAAGCAGUGCCACAUCAGCAGUGCCACGUCAGACACAGUGCCACGUAAGCAGUGCCACAUCAGCAGUGCCCCAUUAGCAGUGCCACGUCAGACACAGUGCCACGUAAGCAGUGCCACAUCAACAGUGCCACGUCAGACAAAGUGCCACGUCAGCAACAUGACGGGCCUGCCAGGCCAACUGCCCAACGAGUCCCUUGCCGCCUACAAGCAGCGUUGCCUGGCUCAGAUAGAGGCUGAGGAACAACGCCUGCUGGCAGUCGAGGCUGCCCGCGUACAGGCUGAAGAGGCAGCAGCAGCAGAGAAGCUGCGGCUACAGGCCGAUGCAGACGCAGAUUCCCAGGCUCGCUGCAAGGAAGCCCAGGAUCUGCUACAGCGGCAUGAAGCCACAAGCAUCGACAGACUCAAGUACGAACUGGACUGCAGCACUUCGCUGCAGUCCAGCAGGACAGUGGAGAUAACCCAGCAGCCACUCCAGCAUCAAGUGACGGAGAUCAGGUGGCUGCUGUCAGCCGCGAAGCACCAACAAGUCCCGCAACAAUGGGAAGGCGAAAUCCGCAUCGCAGGCCGGAAAUGGACAGCCAGGACAGUUUGCAUGGGUCAAGUUUGGCUUGAUCGAGGCGGAGUACAAGGUUCGCGGCCGCUACGACAGCUGGUAUUGGUGCAACAGCACCAAGCACAAGACCUCCCUGUGCCAAGAUCAGGGCGAGGAGGAUGUGCGACCCCGCCUCAGCUCGGGAAACUGAGCUCCGCGGAAGGUGAGGCGACUCCACCUUCCACUCCGCCAGAUUUGGCCGCCUUGCUAGCGGCCUCCUGCACAUCUGAGAAGGAUGCGAAUGUCGCAAGUCCUCGGUAUACUUACGAGAAUUAUGCUGUCAACUUGGUUCCACCGCUGCACCAACCGCUCCACGUGCAACAGUCCACCGCAUGCACGGUUUCAUCACCAUCGGCAACUGAUUCGGCAGCUUCGCCGCAAUCUAUCGCCGGGGAUUCGACGUCAUGGUCAAGACUUGAUGAGAUCGACCUGUUGACGUUCACGGACUUCCAGUGGAUGCCCGUUCCCUCGACCGGACGAUUGCCGAAACCGCAUUGCAAUGUGCUCAUGGCACAAUUGCGGGACUACUUGCACACUGCAGUACCAGCUCCGUUGAUGGACGCCGGAGCAGAGGUUGUCGACCUUCUCUCGUACAUCACGAAGAUCGACCGCGAGUUCAAGACGCAACGGUACGACGACAUCGACACACCAUUGCUAUACGUACGCAUGCAGAUCGGAGAGGCGACCUGCAGUGCCUUGAUCGAUUGCGGAGCAUCUCGCAACUACAUCAGCCAGGACUUCAUGGUACGCGCCGGCCUUGACCCACGUGUCCAGAGGAAGUCCCAGCCUACGCAAGUCACCCUCACAGACGGUCAUACGCACAAGUCCAUCGACCGGUGCAUUGACGCCGUCCCAGUGUACUUUGCCCCUCACGCAAGUGAGGCGGUGUCCUUUGACAUUCUGGACGCCAAAUUCGACAUGAUCUUGGGCAUGUCAUGGCUGCGAAGCAAGGAUCACCCGGUGAACUUCUUCAACCGCACCGUUCACGUUCGUGACCGGAACGGAGUAUUAGUUCCAUGCACGGUGCCUCUUCCUCAUCCUUCGAUCAGCUGCCACGUGGUAUUUGCCGCAAGCAUGCGAGCUUCCAUCAUCAGAGACGACAUCGAGGAGAUGGGGGGGUGUUUUCUCCACGCCCUCCCGCCCCAUGACGCUUCAUCGACAGACUCACCUUCGGAUCCACGCAUCACCGAGCUUCUUGACGCCUACAGCGACGUGUUCGAAGGACCGCACGGAGUAGUACCGAACCGACCCAUCCGCCACGAGAUCAUCCUCGUGGACGGGGCCGUACCUCCGCGCGGUUACAUCUACCGAAUAAGCGAGGAAGAGUUAAGUGUGCUUCGGGCACAACUCGACGACCUUCUAGAGAAAGGCUGGAUUCGGCCUAGCUCAUCGCCGUACGGUGCUCCUGUUCUCUUCGUYCGGAAGAAGAACAAGGACCUGCGGUUGUGCAUCGAUUAUCGCAAGCUCAACGCGCAGACGAUCAGGAACGCCGGCCCUCUCCCAUGCAUCGACGACCUUCUCGAGUGAUUGGGCGGCGCCCAGUUCUUCUCUAAGGUGGAUCUCAAGUCAGGGUACCACCAACUCGAGAUUCACAAGGAGGAUCGCUACAAGACUGCGUUCAAGACACG